AUGGGCGACGUGGCGACAGAGGACAAGGCGCAGGUGCAGCUGCGCCAGCGCGUCGCAGGCCAGCUGGCACAGGCGGGCCAGUCGUCCAAUGACGUCCUCGCCGGCCGCGUCGUCGACAUGGCGCGCUCGCUGCGUGGCGAGGUCGCCUUUGUCGGUGCGCUCGGCGCCCUGUUUGGGCGCGACAAGGUGCCGCGCCAGGUGGCCAGCGCCAUCCUCGAUGAAGUUGAGCGCGUGCCGCCGCCGUCGACGUCGAGGUCCACAGGAGCGCAGGGGAACGAAAGCGACGGCUCACAGGCGGCACGCGCGGCGCCGACGAGGGCCGGACUCAGCACGGGCAGCGGUGAGAAGCACGUCUUUGUGGCGCGCUCGUCUGGCUCUGGCGCCUCGUCGUCGAAGCAAAGACCAAGCGAGGAAGCGCCCGCCCGCAAAAAGAUCAAGGUCGACUCGGCCCUCGAUCUGGCCGCUUCACUCGAUGGGGAAGACGAGGGCAGCGGGGAGCAGGGACUGAAUGCGGCGCAGUUCAAGGUCCCCGCGAGGCCAGCGGCCAAGACACACGCCAGGCUCAAGGGCAGCGAGACGCCCUCGCACCCCGGCGGGCUCUCGGACACGGCGCGGCAGCGGCUCGAGGAGUACAAGCAGAAGCGCGCGGCGCGGCAGGCCCAGGCCGCCACCACCACGAACACCACUACCUCGAAGGACGACGAGCACCCGCGGCUGGGCCAGGACACAUUCAACGAAUUCAAGGACCGGCUCAACCGCGACAUUCGGCAGCGGCCGGAGUCGACUUCGAAACCGCCGCCGCCCGAGUCCGAGUCCAGAUCCAACCCAGCCCCGGACAGACGGCGGCCCUGGCUGGAUGCGACGCCGCGGGAGAACGGCCGCGCGUCAGGACUCGAUCCGAGGAGCAGAGGCAGCAGCGGCAGCAAUGGUGCACGGCAGGGAGCAAGGGACUCAGCGCCAGGCGCGCGCUCCUGGGAUGCCACGCCGCGGAGUGUGAGGGGGGGAGGCCAGUCGUGGGAUGCUACGCCGCGGAGUGUGCGCGGCGGUCAGUCGUGGGACGCCACGCCGAGGAGCGUCCGUGGGGGAGGCCAGUCGUGGGACGCAACUCCGCAGCCAAGAUCAGCGAGAAGAGAAAAGGACGAGGACGGCCGGCUCACGCUCGCGGGCCGCAACUGGGAGCCCGACGACGACGAGAAGCAGGCCAUUGACCGGGACUGGUACGGGGCCGAGGAGGCGGGCGGCGUCGUGGGCGACGACGACCACAACCCGUUUGCCGACUAUGCCGAGGCCGAGGCGCAGGCGCAGGCGCAGGCGCAGGUGCAGCAGAAGGCGAGGCUGAGCGCACGCCAGCUCCAGCGCAAGCAGGAGGUCGACGACUGGGAGGAGGACCGGCUGCGGGUGAGCGGCGUGGGCGCACGGCGCGCCAUCGACCUCGACCACAGCAUGAACGACGAGUCAGAGAGCCAGGUCCAUCUCCUCGUCCACGACCUCCGCCCGCCGUUUCUCGACGGUAAAACCGUCUUUACGCGCCAGCUCGAGCCGGUGAACCCGGUGCGAGACCCGACGUCGGACAUGGCCGUCUUUUCGCGCAAGGGCAGCCGCCUCGUGCGCGAGCGUCGCGAGCAGAAGGAGCGCCAGCGCGCCGCCGCCAAGGCUGCCGCCCUCGCCGGCACUGCGCUGGGCAACAUCAUGGGUGUCAAGAGUGAAGAGGAGCAGGAGGAACAGCAACAAAAAGGAGAAGGAGGAGGCAAGGAGGAAUACAGCCACAAGAGCGAGUCGCAGUUUGCCUCGCACCUGAAAAAGGACAAGGGCGGCGGCUCGGCCUUCAGCCGGGGUAAGACGCUCAAGGAGCAACGCCAGUACCUGCCUGCGUUUGCCUGCCGCGACGAGCUGAUGGCCAUGAUCCGCGAGAACCAGGUCGUGGUCGUCGUCGGCGAGACGGGCAGCGGCAAGACGACGCAGCUCACCCAGUUCCUGCACGAGGACGGGUACACGCGCAACGGGCUCAUCGGCUGCACCCAGCCGCGCCGCGUGGCCGCCAUGAGUGUGGCUAAACGAGUCAGCGAGGAGAUGGACGUCGAGCUGGGGUCUACCGUCGGCUACUCGAUCCGCUUCGAAGACUGCACGAGCAGCAGCACGGCCAUCAAGUACAUGACCGACGGCGUCCUCCUCCGCGAGUCGCUCAACGAGGGCGACCUGGACCGCUACAGCGCCAUCAUCCUCGACGAGGCCCACGAGCGCAGCCUGAGCACCGACGUGCUCAUGGGGCUGCUGAAAAAGAUUCUCGCGCGCCGCCGCGACCUGCGUCUGAUUGUCACGUCGGCCACGAUGAAUGCCGACAAGUUUGCUGCCUUUUACGGCGGCGCACCCACCUUCACCAUCCCCGGCCGCACCUUUCCCGUCGACGUCCUCUUCAGCAAGGCGCCGUGCGACGACUACGUCGAGAGCGCCGUCAAGCAGGCCCUCUCCAUCCACCUCACCCACGGCGCCGGCGACAUUCUCGUGUUCAUGACUGGCCAGGAGGACAUCGAGACGACGUGCGACGUCAUUGCCGAGCGCCUGACUCAGCUCGACGACGAGGCGACGCCCCCGCUGCUCGUCCUGCCCAUCUACUCGCAGAUGCCCGCCGACUUGCAGGCCAAGAUCUUCAACCCGACUGAGCACGGCGAGCGCAAGUGCGUCGUCGCCACCAACAUUGCCGAGACGUCGCUCACCGUCGACGGCAUCAUGUACGUCGUCGACGCCGGCUACAGCAAGCUCAAGGUCUACAACCCGCGCGUGGGCAUGGACUCGCUCCAGAUCACGCCCAUCAGCCGCGCCAAUGCCAACCAGCGCGCCGGCCGCGCUGGACGCACGGGCCCUGGCAGUGCCUACCGCCUCUACACCGAGACGGCCUUCCAGGAGGAGCUGUUUGAAAACGGCAUUCCCGAGAUCCAGCGCACAAACCUGGCCAACACGGUGCUCCUGCUCAAGAGCCUCGGGGUAAAGGACCUGCUCGAGUUUGACUUCAUGGACCCGCCGCCCCAGGACAACCUCUUGACUUCCAUGUUCCAGCUCUGGGUCCUGGGUGCGCUCGACAACGUCGGCGACCUCACCCUCGUCGGCAAGCGCAUGUCCGAGUUCCCCAUGGAGCCGAGCCUGAGCAAGAUGCUCAUCGCCAGUGCCUCGCCCGAGUACGGCUGCUCGGCCGAGGUUCUUUCUAUCGUCGCCAUGCUCUCGGUCCCCUCGGUCUUUUACCGGCCCCGCGAGCGGCAGGACGAGGCCGACGCCGCGCGCGAAAAGUUCUACGUCGCCGAGAGCGACCACCUGACGCUGCUCCACUGCUACACCCAGUGGCGCACCAACGGCUACCGCGACGCCUGGUGCAACGCCCACUUUCUCCACGCCAAGGUGCUCCGCAAGGCCCGCGAGGUGCGCACCCAGCUCGAGGACAUCUGCAACACCCUCAAGCUGCCCAUUGUCUCGUGCGGCACCGACUGGGACACGGUGCGCAAGUGCGUCGCCGCCGGCUUCUUCCACCAGGCGGCGCGAGCCAAGGGCAUUGGCGAGUACGCCAAUGCGCGCACGGGCGUGCCCCUGCAGCUGCACCCCACCAGCAGCGUCUCGGGCGCGGGCGUGCAGCCGGCUUUUGUCGUCUUUCACGAGGUCAUUGCCACGGCCAAGACGUACAUGCACACCGUCACGGCCGUCGACCCGCACUGGCUCGCCGAGCUCGGAGGCGUCUUCUUUAGCGUGCGCGAGCGCGACGUCAGCGGCGCCCGCUCGCGCCUCGGCCAGCGCGACGCCGAGUUCAGCAAGCGCCGCGAGAUUGAAAUGGCCUUUGUGCGCGACAAGGAGCAGGAGCGCCGCCGCGACGAGGCCCUGCGCCGUAAAGAGGAGGCCAGCACGCCGCGCAUGGCCAUGCCCGGCAGCGCCACGCCGCGCCGGGGUCGCCGCUUCUAG